AUGAAUUCAGUAAAUCUUCGGAUAACUGUUAGGGAAACCGAAAGGCGAUCAGAUUUGUACGAAGAGUGGAAAAGACGGGCUUUUCUAGGUCCACUUCCGCAAGGAUUUCUUAGAUUGGAAGAGCGCAAUGCUCAACAACAGCAAGAAGCUGCAGAUCAGCAGGCUGCACUUGCUCUUCACCAGCUGCAAAUGCAGAACAUGCCAACAAUGCAUGAACCCCAUGUCGGUAGACUUAGUAUUACAAUUGUUCAGGCUAAGCUUGUAAAAAACUAUGGGAUGACAAGAAUGGAUCCUUAUGUGAGAUUAAGAGUAGGCCAUGCUGUAUAUGAAACACACACAUGUUCAAACGGAGCAAAAAAUCCACACUGGAACAAAGUUAUUCAAUGUUACUUGCCACCAGGAGUCUCACAAAUAUAUGUAGAAGUUUAUGAUGAAUGUUCGUUUGUAAUGGAUGAAUUAAUUGCAUGGGGUCACAUAGAUAUUCCAUCAAAGGUCCUCCAGAAAGGGGAGAUGCACGAAGAUUGGUACAUGCUUAGUGGAAAGCAAGGAGACAAUCAAGAAGGAAUGAUAAAUUUAGUUUUUAGUUAUACGACUAAGUGUCAUCCAUACAUGAGUGCACCUCCAAUUAUGAUGGUUCCUUCUUCAACAAUGCUUGGCAUGACACAGUAUGCACCAGUAAAUGUCUACACAGCACCUCCUACAGCUGCAGUGCCGCCUAUUAUUCCCAGUUCUAUGCCAGAUGCUGAAGUUAUAUUAAAACAGAUUUCAGAGAUGUUCCCGAAUGUGGAUAAAGAGGUAAUUAAAUCAGUUUAUGAUGCAAAUAAUGGAAAGAAAGAUGUAACUAUAAAUUCAUUACUCCAAAUGUGUGAAUAAGUAACUUUUUAUGCAACUCGUCAUUUAACUCCAAAGGCCAUAUUUGUAUUUUCUUGCUAUAUUGUAUUUGAAUGUGUAAUAUAUUUGCAAAUUACUACCAUGCAUUUUAUGGUAUAUUAACAUUUAGUGAUUUUAAUAUAAGGGAAUCCAUAAAAUAUAUUGGGCAGGGAAAUAUAUUUUUUAAAGAAAUAUCUCUUUUAAUCGUUUAUAUAUUCAUUCAUCCUGUUUACAUUUGUUUUCAUCUUAUAUAUACAGCUAUAUGUUUCGUUCUACAUAUGUUUCGUUCUAUAACAUAAAAAAUUUCAAUUUUCUAUAUUUACAUAUUGGAGAUCCCGUAUUCGUUAAGAAAUCUGUAUUUAGAUCUUACUAUUUAUAAAAAAUAAUAAACGUGUACAUUUAUAUA